AUUCAAGUUCGCCUUGAUAGUUUACCUGUAAGUAGAAGAUAUGAAACCAGGAGAAGCACAAGAACAGAAGAACCAGUCGCCAAAUCUCGUGUUGACUGGAAGCGGACUAGAAGAAAUACAUUGCCUGAAAGUGAGGAUGAGGAUGAUGAAAUUACAUCAUCAUCAGAAAAAGAACCCGAGUCCAGUUCAGAAGAAGAUGGAGAUGGAAAAGAAGAAGAGGUAUCCGUACUUAGGAAGAUCAGUGGUGAAGCUUUGAGUGAUGCAGAUUUUCAGACAGGUUGUAGUGGUAUAGCAUCAGAGGAUCUGGAAGAAGAGGACGUCUCCUUCAGGAAGCGGAAGAGAUCUCGGACAUCUGUGAUGUAUGACAGUGAUGAGAGCAAUGACAGCAGUAUUGUUAGGAAAGUAUUUGCUAAACGCAGUUGCAUAAUUGAUGAAGAAGAUUUAUCUGUUGAUGGGGAGUCACACAUGUCCCCAGCAGAGGAAGAAGCAAACAGAAAACUAGGAAGACUAAUAAAACUGCAAGAACUGUCUCACCAGCGAGCAGCACGAUCUGGCAGAGUCAGUCAAUGUGAUGAGGAUGGUGCAGAUGACGUCUUGAUACUUGAUUGUCCCUCACCCCUCACACAAGAUGAAAUCAGUGAUGUGUCUGACAGUAACAGCAUGAAAGAUUUCAUAGAUGAUGAUGAAGAAGAAGAAGUAGAAGAGAAGUUGAAACAGGAGAACUUUGAGGAGAAAGACCACCAGCCCCAAGACAAAAAACAUCCUGUGUCCAGUAUCUCUUUGGAGAAACACGUUCCAUGCUUGACUCGUGUCGAUCAUUAUGUACACUUUCAAAGAGUUGUAAAAGCCUUUCUCAUCAAUGCAAUUGAUGAUACCUUUCUGAUCUCCUUAUAUGAGGGGAAAAGACAAAAGAGAUAUGCGCAGAAUAUGCUGACCUCCCUCCAUUAUUUGGAUGACCGCUUUAUUCAAGUUCGCCUUGAUAGUUUACUUUCAAGAAGUCGCUGGAAAGAACGAUAUAAGGAACGAGUAGACAGUUAUCCUGAUGUCCACAUCAUUUUGGGAAACCCAGUGAAACGUACUUGUCAAGCCUGUGAGCUACAGAGGUACUGUAAGUUUAUAGUGGUUCUGUCUGGAAAGCUGUACAGCAGGCAAACGCUGGAAGUGGACAACUUCAUGUCCAAUGAUAAACAGAUGUUGAAGGUCGGCACCGUAUGUGGAAACCGUACCCAGGUUUAUCAUAAUCUGAAGCAUUAUAAAUAUAAGUUGUAUCAGAACUGCUGUUCAGCUAUGAAAAACAAAGGUCUUCAGGAUGAGCCAGUCAAAGAUUUAGUGGACCGAGUUUUCAGCCAGCUGGAUGAAGACGGCUGGAUGCAUCAGCAAUAUUCUGUCCUUGAAAAAUAUCUAGACGACGCAGAUUUCUUCCAAGAUGAAAAAAUGGACUGAAUGUAUUUGUCUUUUGAAGGAUUUUAAAGAUGCAUCUGUGUGCUUCAGCCAGACUGCUGAUGGGUUUUGACUGCCAUACCACAUUCCUGCUAUUAUUUCUUUUUUACUUAUGGUCCAUAAUAGCAUGCAAAUAUAUGCAUUAAAUUUCUUUUUUGUACUUCAUUUUCAUUAUCAGAAUAAUCUUCUGAAUAAAUAUUUUACCUUGAGGGCCAGAUAGCUCAUCAAACCAUCUUGAAGUCCAACUGGAUGUUCAUUCAGCAAAUGCGCUUUUCUGUGCUACAUUACACAAGCACUUUCUUCGAAGAGAAACAUUUCUAUGUUGCUUUUUGAUGCAUUUUGUCAGCGUUUCUCAGUACCAUUUUUUCUGUAAAUAUUUAGUAUAAAUAUUUAGAGUAAUGUUUUCAGGGCUGUAUCAAACAAUCUUCCUAAAACCUGCAGUUUAUCCUUCCUGCAGGCCCAGAAUUCAAGGACUUUAUUUCCAGCAUCCACUGAAGGAAGCAGAAAUAUCAGGAUCCGUUCAGAUUAGGCCAAUCAGUUCCACUAAAACAAGAAACUGUUCUAUUGUUGUUCCUUUUAUUUAUUUAUUUUCUAACACAAGGGAAGGAUCUGUAGACUACUUUUCUAAUUUGUGCAUCAACUGCUGUUCUGUGUGUGUGAUGGCUUUCAUUCUAAACUCUGACUGGGAGUUCGGUGGGAUUCGGCAUCUUGAAAUGGAUUUAAUUGUGAAAUACUGACCAGUCAGAGCCAUAAUAAACUUCAGGAUUCCAUGAA